GCGCACGCGUCAAUUUUGAUGUCGUUAUAAACACGAGCGAAAGUGAUCUGUCGAGAUGCGAUCUGACUGUUCGAGCUGAACAUGUGUUCAGCGAAUGGUGGCGAUACAUCACACAGGCAUUGAUACAACCAUCUCAUCAUAUAUCAUUAUCCCUUUUUGUCUUUAGUCGCGAGGACAGCGUAGCAUACGUAACGAUUAUUAUCCGUGGCUGUUCGUCAAUUUAGACGACACGAGAUACCAUUGUCGUCGACGUUCUUUGAAAAUUUCGGAGGGAGGGAGAACCGAAAUAAAAUAUUGGAAUUAUAAAAAUAGAGAGAGAGAGAGAGAGAGAGAGAGAACAAAGGAUGAACAUAGGACGGAGAUAACAAAAGGAAGAAAUAUUUCCCUUUCUCUCGCUCUUAAUGGUCUAUACACAGCUCAGCUGUCAGAUGUGAUGUCGCGUGAAAGCUGAUCACAUUCGGUGCUUAACGCUGAGUCUGAAAGGACAGAGUGGCAUUUGUAUUCCUUCGGAGUAAUUGAUUGAUGUUCCACGUACGCUCCUGUUUUUGGAAGCAGCGUUCGUUGUCUCCGCCGAGUAUAAAGCGGGUGAUGUUUGCUGGUUGAAUAUUCUCUCCAAAGAAACAUCUCGACAUCAUGUGGAAGCCGUUCGAACCUGGCAGCUCACCGGUGGAUUGGUGCGAAGGCAAUUACAGCAUUUCACCAAGCAUAGCCGAGUUUAUGAACACGUUUAGUAAUGUGGUCUUCCUACUACUCCCACCUGUGCUCAUGCACCUAUUCAGGGACUAUGGACGCUUUGUAAAUCCAGGGAUUCAUGUGAUCUGGUUCUUAUUGAUGAUAGUGGGACUUAGCAGUGCAUAUUUUCAUGCUACUUUGUCGCUGAUAGGCCAACUAUUAGACGAAUUAGCUAUUCUGUGGGUGUACAUGGCAGGCUUCUGCAUGUUCUUUCCAAGAAGAUAUUUUCCAAAUAUUUUUCAUAACGACAGAAAGCUCCUUUCUAUAUGUGCGACUUUCCCGACGUUGAUCGCAACCGGCUUGGCAUUAGUACAUCCGGCUAUAAAUGCCUUUGCACUGAUGAGUUUGGGUAUACCGGCAUUUGGAUUUAUGAUCAUAGAAUUAAGGAGAACCACUUCGACGAGAGUCUACAGACUGGGACUGCGAUGCGGCGCUGUAUGGAUACUGGCGGUGACUUGUUGGUUGAACGAUCGCUUGUUCUGUGAUACGUGGCUGAAUCUGAAUUUCCCAUAUCUCCAUGCGUUGUGGCAUUUAUUUAUUUUCAUAGCAAGUUACACCGCGGCAGUGCUGUUCGCUUACUUCUCGGUGAAAGAGGAAAAGCCGCAUCAAUUCCCGAUGCUCAGAUAUUGGCCUAGAGACGACUUCGAGCUCGGAAUACCAUACGUGACCAUUCGAAGUUAUGUUAAAUUAGAUAAUAAUUCAAAUAUAUAGUUAGCAUUUUCCUAAUCUUUGAUAUUACUAAGACUGUAUUUAUUACAGUUUAAGGCUUUUUAAGUUCUCAUAUGAAAAUGAAAAAGAAUGCUUAACCUAUAUGUUAAUUAUUUAAAUAUGACAAUUUUUUAGAGCAUUCUCUAUUUUUUCAAGUAUUAUGUUCUUUUUUCUCUUUAUUUUAUUCAAAUAUUAUGUUCUUUUUUUAGAACGAAUUUAUAAUUACAUGAAUAUAAUGUCAUAUUAUAUCAAUGAGAAAUCGGGAAAAAAUACAUGUAUAAAAACUUGUAUUCUAAAUGGCAGCAAACACUUAAGUGGGGAAGGAGGAAGUUUAGUAUAAGAAUUUCAUAAAAAUUUUAAUCUCUGAAUGUGUUAUUAAAUUUUUAUUUAAAAUUAACAAGCAAUUUGAUUAAUUAGUAUUUGCAUCUUUUAAUCUAUUAGAUGAUUAUUCUUUCCUUUAGUGAUAUUAAACAGUAGAAAAUAUUUAUUGCGAACGCAUGAAGAAGA